GCUUCCCUUCACCACCGCGAGGGAAGAGUCCGCACAUUCUCAGCAGAGCUUCCAGAAGGAAGCUCAGAAGAAGCCGAUCGAGAGUGAGAUCGCCGCCUCCGCCGCCGGAAAAUGGAGAACGAAGCCGAAGAAUCCGCCGUCAUCGGCAACCCUAGCAACAACUCUCCCCUGAUCAGCUCCUUCUGCGAGAUCACUUCUUCGACCCGUGAAGAAGCCCAGUUCUUCCUCGAGAGCCACAACUGGGACCUUGACGCCGCCGUCUCCACUUUCUUCGACAGCGGACCCGCCGGACCCGCCGCCGUGGCUGCUGCCGCCGCCCAGCCGAUCAACGCCCCUCCGUCUCCCGAUUCCCCUCCUCAGUCUGUGUCCCCCUCCCAGUCUCCCUCGCAGUCGUACUCCCCCUCACGGUCGAGAUCGCCCUCCCGGUCCAGAUCCUCGUCGCCCGUGCGCCAGACUCGAGCGCCCUACGAGCUGCGGUCUCGCGGUGGUGCAGGGAAGAAGAAGGCGGACAGGCCGUCCGGUAGCAGGACGCGUGGCGGCGUCCGCACGCUCGCUGACUUGAAUCGUGCGACCGGCGAUGGCUCUGGCAGUGACUCCGAUGAGCCGCAGGAGUACUACACUGGUGGUGAGAAGAGUGGCAUGCUGGUCCAAGAUCCUACAAAGGGCAACGAUGUGGAGUCGAUCUUCACUCAGGCUAGAAGGUCAGGAGCUGUGGAGAGACCGCCCGACAACCCCCUGCAAGGUUCGAGCUCGCGAAGCUUCACAGGAACCGCGAGAUUGCUUUCUGGGGAGACUGUGGAGUCUCCUCCUGAGCCACCGGAGGUGGUCUCCCACGCAAUCACGUUUUGGCAGAAUGGGUUUACCAUAGAUGAUGGUCCUCUUCGGAGGUUGGAUGAUCCUGAAAAUGCAUCUUUCUUGGAGAGCAUAAAGAAUUCCGAGUGCCCUAAGGAGCUUGUGCCAGCAAAUAGGAGGACUCAAGUUCAUGUCGAUCUUGUGAGGCGGGAGGAAGCUUAUAAGGAACCAAAGAAACGCCAAACUCCGUUCCGUGGAACAGGAAGAACUUUGGGCGGCACAGCCCCCUCUGAUGCUGCUCCGUCCGAGCCGACCGGCUCUUCUGCUGCUGCUGCUGCCACGACCCAACCACCACCAGUGACAGGCCCAGUCGUGGAUGAAUCCUUGCCAUCUACUUCAAUCCAACUCAGGCUAGCCGAUGGGACCCGAAUGGUCUCGCGCUUCAACCUUGCUCACACGAUUAGAGAUGUGCGCUUAUUCAUCAGUGCAUCAAGGCCCGGUGGACCUGAAAAUUACCAGCUGCAAACCAUGGGUUUCCCUCCUAAGCAGCUGACUAAUCUGGACCAAACGAUAGAGGAAGCUGGCAUUGCUAAUUCGGUGGUUAUUCAGAAACUCUGAGCAUGCUGAGGGCUGCUGAUCCCAUUGCUUGGAGAAGUCGACUGGCUAUGAUGUCACUUGGAGUAGUCGAAUUGCUAUACUGUCCUGGAAUUGCUAUACUUCCCUGGAUAUGAUUUUCAUACAUGUUGCUAUCGAGAUGCUUGGCUCAAAUAGUAGGAAUUUGAAAUCUAUUUUUACAAUCCUUGAGAAUUUGGGCUUUAUCGUGUGGCGAUUGCGAUUUCCAUUGCCUUGAUUUAGCUUUAACAAUGAAGUUGAUGCGGAUGGAAGAGAAUUCG